CCCGCCGCGAUUGGCCGGCCGCGGCGCCCGCUCCCACAAUGCAGCGCAUGGCGCGUCAUUGAAGAGAGACCAUGAUGGCGGCGGCGCUGGGGCCCCCAGAAGUGAUCGCUCAGCUGGAGAACGCGGCCAAAGUUCUGAUGGCACCACCUUCUAUGGUCAAUAAUGAACAACGCCAGCAUGCAGAACAUAUAUUCUUAUCAUUUAGGAAAUCAAAAUCACCUUUUGCAGUUUGCAAGCAUAUCCUGGAAACUAGUAAAGUGGACUAUGUCCUUUUUCAAGCUGCCACAGCAAUAAUGGAAGCAGUUGUUCGAGAAUGGAUUCUUUUAGAAAAAGGUAGCAUCGAGUCACUGCGAACAUUCCUUUUAACCUAUGUCUUACAAAGGCCUAACCUUCAGAAGUAUGUUCGGGAGCAAAUUCUGUUAGCAGUAGCAGUAAUAGUAAAACGAGGAUCAUUAGAUAAAUCAAUUGACUGCAAAAGCAUUUUCCAUGAAGUCAGCCAGUUGAUAAGCAGUGGCAAUCCCACGGUGGAUAUAAACGUAGUAAUGGUAUUGCUGCUGGUCGAAAGAUAUAGACAGCAAACUCUGGCGUGUUCCAUUCUAACGGCACUGUUGAGUGAGUUUUCAAGUUCAAGUAAAACAAGCAACAUUGGACUAAGCAUGGAAUUUCAUGGUAACUGCAAAAGAAUUUUUCAGGAAGAAGACCUUCGACAGAUUUUCAUGUUAACUGUUGAAGUGCUGCAAGAGUUUAGCCGACGGGAAAAUCUAAACGCUCAAAUGUCUUCAGUGUUUCAGCGUUAUCUUGCACUAGCAAAUCAGGUUUUAAGUUGGAACUUUCUUCCACCAAAUUUGGGUAGACAUUAUAUAGCUAUGUUUGAAUCUUCACAAAAUGUGAUGCUAAAGCCAACAGAGUCCUGGCGUGAGACCCUCUUGGACAGCAGAGUUAUGGAUCUUUUCUUUACAGUACAUCGUAAAAUCAGAGAAGAUUCAGAUAUGGCACAAGAUUCACUUCAGUGCUUAGCCCAGUUAGCCUCUCUUCAUGGACCCAUCUUUCCCGAUGAAGGUUCUCAAGUGGAUUACCUGGCACAUUUCAUUGAGGGAUUACUGAAUACCAUUAAUGGAAUUGAAAUAGAAGACUCUGAAGCGGUGGGGAUCUCCAGCAUUAUCAGCAAUUUGAUAACUGUGUUCCCUCGAAAUGUUUUAACUGCCAUUCCAAAUGAACUCUUCUCUUCCUUUGUUAACUGCCUCACACAUCUCACUUGUUCUUUUGGGCGAAGUGCUGCGUUGGAAGAAGUGCUUGAUAAAGAUGAUAUGGUGUACAUGGAAGCAUAUGAUAAAUUGUUGGAGUCUUGGUUGACUUUGGUUCAAGAUGACAAACAUUUCCAUAAAGGCUUCUUUAUCCAACAUGCAGUUCAGGUCUUUAAUUCCUACAUUCAGUGCCACCUAGCUGCUCCAGAUGGUACAAGGAAUUUGACUGCUAAUGGUGUAGCCUCACGUGAGGAAGAAGAAAUAAGUGAACUUCAGGAAGAUGACCGAGACCAGUUUUCUGACCAACUAGCCAGUGUAGGAAUGCUAGGAAGAAUUGCUGCAGAACACUGUAUACCUCUUCUUACAAGUUUAUUAGAAGAUAGAGUAACAAGACUCCAUGGCCAGUUACAGAGACAUCAACAACAGCUACUUGCCUCACCUGGUUCAGGUGCCAUUGAUAACAAAGUGCUUGAUGAUCUAUAUGAAGAUAUUCACUGGCUUAUUUUAGUUACAGGCUACCUCUUAGCUGAUGAUACUCAGGGAGAGACUCCGUUAAUACCUCCAGAAGUAAUGGAAUAUUCCAUUAAGCAAUCAACUGAAGUUGACAUUAAUACAACACUUCAGAUCUUGGGAUCUCCAGGAGAGAAGGCUUCUUCCAUCCCAGGUUGCAACAGAACAGAUUCUGUAAUUAGGUUAUUGUCUGCCAUACUAAGGGUUUCAGAAGUUGAAUCUCGAGCAAUAAGAGCAAAUCUAACACAUCUACUUAGUCCACAAAUGGGAAAAGAUAUUGUUUGGUUUCUGAAACGAUGGGCAAAAACCUAUCUUUUGGUGGAUGAAAAACUGUAUGAUCAGAUAAGUCUGCCAUUCAAUACAGCAUUUGGAGCAGAUACAGAAGGUUCUCAGUGGAUUGUUGGCUACCUCUUAGAAAAAGUCAUCAGUAACCUUGCAGUAUGGAGUAGUGAGCAGGAUCUUGCGAAUGAUACUGUACAAUUACUGGUUACAUUGGUGGAAAGAAGAGAAAGGGCAAACUUAGUAAUUAAAUGUGAAAAUUGGUGGAAUUUAGCAAAACAGUUUGCAAGAAGAAGCCCGCCUCUUCACCUCUUAUCAAGUUCUGUGCAGAGAACACUUAUGAAGGCUUUAGUUUUAGGAGGUUUUGCUCAUAUGGACACGGAUACAAAACAGCAGUACUGGACGGAGGUUCUACAGCCACUUCAGCAAAGAUUCUUGAAUGUGAUAAAUCAAGAAAAUUUUCAGCAAAUGUGUCAAGAAGAAGAGGUCAAACAAGAGAUAACUGCCACAUUAGAGGCACUGUGUGGCAUUGCUGAGGCUACUCAGAUUGACAAUGUAGCAAUCCUCUUUAAUUUCCUGAUGGAUUUCCUUACCAAUUGCAUUGGACUGAUGGAGGUUUACAAAAAUACCCCAGAAACUGUUAAUCUCAUAAUAGAAGUUUUUGUUGAAGUUGCACAUAAACAGAUUUGCUAUCUGGGAGAGUCCAAAGCUAUGAACUUGUAUGAGGCCUGCCUUACUCUGUUGCAAGUGUAUUCCAAGAAUAAUCUAGGUCGGCAGCGGAUAGAUGUUACAGCAGAAGAGGAACAAUAUCAAGAUCUUCUUCUCAUUAUGGAACUUCUUACUAAUCUUCUGUCAAAAGAAUUCAUAGAUUUCAGUGAUACAGAUGAAGUAUUUAGAGGACAUGAGCCAGGACAAGCGGCAAACAGAUCUGUGUCAGCAGCAGAUGUUGUUUUAUAUGGCGUAAACCUAAUUUUGCCUUUGAUGUCCCAAGAUCUUUUAAAGUUUCCAACCCUAUGUAAUCAGUACUAUAAAUUAAUUACAUUUAUCUGUGAGAUCUUUCCUGAGAAAAUUCCACAGCUUCCUGAGGACCUAUUUAAGAGCCUAAUGUACUCCCUAGAACUGGGAAUGACAUCAAUGAGUUCUGAGGUUUGCCAGCUUUGUCUGGAGGCCUUGACUCCAUUAGCUGAACAGUGUGCAAAAGCACAAGAAACAGAUUCACCACUCUUUGUAGCAACAAGACACUUUCUUAAGCUGGUCUUUGAUAUGCUGGUAUUGCAAAAGCACAACACAGAGAUGACAACUGCAGCAGGCGAGGCAUUCUAUACAUUAGUGUGUUUGCAUCAGGCUGAAUACUCAGAAUUGGUUGAAACCUUACUGUCAAGUCAGCAAGACCCAGUCAUUUACCAGAGAUUAGCAGAUGCCUUCAAUAAGCUUACUGCAAGCAGCACUCCUCCCACGCUGGACCGUAAACAGAAGAUGGCCUUCCUAAAGAGUUUAGAAGAAUUUAUGGCAAAUGUUGGUGGUCUCCUUUGUGUAAAAUAAACAACAAAACUAUAUGCUUAAUUUAGACCCUUUCUGCAAAAUGCACUGAAAUGCUGAAAGUUGACUUAAGUCGUUUUUCCUGUUGCUGGGUUCUUUGGCCAUUUUGUAUUUUGAAGAGCCUGAAAGUUUGUUAUGUAAAUCAGUGACACAGGAGAGGUCAACUUUGAAUCAGCUUCUGCUACUAUGUGUUAGCUACAAUCUGUCAUAUGUGUUUUAGAAAAUGAAUGGCAAUUUGAAAUUUUCAAAAUGAAAUUCCAUAUAUGUGCAAACAGAUAUGGCACCAUGAAAUAUAUAUUCAGUGCCUUUUUCCCCGUUUGUCUAAACAUAGAUGGCCAGAUAAAGGUUAGAAUUUUUGUUACUGAAAACAUUUUAGAUGGCGUAUUCUGUAGACAUUCAAAACUCUACCUGGUUUUGUUAUUAUAAGCUUUAUUUUUUCCUCUCUGAAGAUUGAGUUCAUGAUCCAGCGGGGGGAAAAACAUCACCAAAUGUUGGGCUUAUUUUUUAACUUCUGUGUUUUAUUUGUUUUGUUUUCCUGCAUCAACCCAGUGUUACAGAUGUAUGUAAUACGGGUUUUUAUUUUUUCUGGUGCCUGAGAUUCAGGAGGAAAAAAAGUUGUAUGUUUUGUUCCCUAAAAAGAACUUUAGGAACUGUAGCCAUUUCAUUGCCUUAAUUUUAAAAAAAGGAAUACAGAAAGAGCAGGCAUUUUGGUAAAAAUGCAAGUUUUGAUGCUUCAACAAUUGGUUUAGGUUGUUAGCUGCUGUCUCCCUAUUUCUCCUUUUUGAUAGUAUGUGUUUCUGUAAACAUGAGUCAAUGAAAGGUUCAUGUGUAGUCUAUUUAAAGUUUGUUUUAAUCCAACUACAUUGCACACAGCUGUAACAAUCUACACUGAAUAGUUUGCUUAAGCAAUAACAAGUCAAAAAGAGUAUAAAUUAUUGAUUUAUACAAACUAUAAUUUAAGUUGGGGCAUUAGGGGCAAUAAUUAUGCUAGACUGGGAUGUUGUACUCUUUUCAUCAGGAGCCACAUAAAUUUAAUUUCAAAAGUAAAAACUACACUGUUAGAUGCUCUACUAUUUCCCACUUAUGUUUCACAAUCAGGGACUUCCUUUCCAGUACUGCCAUGUUCUCUUUAGUUCUGUGUGCCAGCUUAAAUAUUGAAAAUGACCAUGUUUUAACAAGCCACAAGCAUACUGAUCAGUCUGAUCUACAACAAGAAUGUAGCAAACUGAGAGUAGACUGUAUAGUCCUGUACUAUGAGCACAAUUGCAGUUUUUGAUAGGGAGGGAGGGAUUUGUCCUUCCACUGUGUUCAACAUUUGUGUGCUGUGGAAUAAUUUCUGUAUAGUAUAUCCACUUUUUAUUCAGUUGUGUGUAGUAUCACAUUUGUAACGCUGUGCCAUCUUUAUCAGUUCAUCUCAACGCAAUUACAGUCAACUAAUCUCUAGCAUCUAAAUUCUCUCCAACCCAUGCAUGUGAUAUUAUGUAUGAAUUCAAGGGCAAAGUGCCAUCACUCUUUUGAGAUACCUUUUUCUUAAAUUAAUACAUUAUUAAAUAAAAGCUGGGCUGGAGUAAACCUUAUCUUAAAGGCUGUUAACAUAAAUCUUUUUUAGGAAAAAAAAAAUUCAAUUGAUAUGGCCUCUUUCCAUAUCUUAAAAUAUUUUCAAUAAGACUUAUUAAAAUGUGAAGCUAUUUUUAGAUUUCCUAAAAUUCCAUUUUCAUCCUUCAAGAUGUUAGAUUGUUGCUAUGUUAAUCAGUAUCCAUCUUAUUUUGCAUUGGUUUUCCAUUUUUCUUUUAACUAAUGACCUCAGUUUUCCAACCCUUCUUGGGCUUGAUCAUUAGAGAUGUACAUCCAUCUCCUUGCAAAAGGUAUGGCAAUGUAAGUUGUUGCUUUAAUAUUAAGUUGGCUGGCAGGAGCUGGAAUGAAAAUCAAGUUGGAAAAAUAAUUAACAUUAAUUUGGUUGAGUGAAAAACAUUUUAAUAAAUAAAUGACAUUUAUAUUUAGUAAACUGCCUACCAGAUUGUAUCUUUACCAAAUAUGCCAAGGAUAUUAAUCUUAGUGCAAUUUUGUAGGCAGAUUUUGAAUAAAAGGAUAUUUGCUUUAUAUUGGACCAAAUCAAACUUCAGAGAAUUAAAAUAUAAUAAUGUCAUUUUGGGAGAGGGCUAGCAAGUGGAGACACCAAUUAAUACACUAAAAUAGUUAAACUUUAUUUAAAGCUUUGUUUGGGGGGAAUGUGUGGAGGGGGAAUUGAAUUAUUGCCCAGUUGGUUUCAAGAACAUUUUUAUUCUGAUAAGUUGACUUUUCUGGUUAUAACUGACUACCUGUUAAAAUUUCAAGGAUUUAAAAAAAAAAAAAAAAAAACAACUUUUUACCCCUUUAUACACAUAUGUUAAAGGAACAUUGUCAAGUAUUUUAUCUCUAGACUGUGUGUGUGUGUGUGUGUGUGUGUGUGUGUAAAUUUCUGCUCUUUAUAUAUCUCGAGUUUUCCUUUCAACUUUGUUCAUUCAAUUAUUCAUUUUUUUUACUUUGUUUCCUGAGGCAAAAUCAAGUUGUCUUUUGUUAGCUUUUGUAUGAUAUAAUAGCAUAAAAAACUGGCGUCAUCAUAGUGCUAGCCAAAAAAAAGGUCAGUUUGUCACUGUGCUCCUUCUGCUGGUUGGAUGGCUGCCUCUUUCAACUGUAUUUACUUGACAAGUGUCCUAAUGUCCUUUUAAGUACAAUUAUUUGAUUUUUCCUGCCAUCCCUAAAUCUUUUUUGGAUACAUGGCAUGUUAGCAUCACUCUUAUUGAGUUUCACCUGCUGUGAAUUAUGACUUUUUUUUUUAAGAAAAAAGAUUUUUACAGUUUUUCUUAGAAGUUGUUUAUAGAAUUUAGUCUUUUUUAAUUGUUGUAUACCAUGUAUCUGAUUUGUAUAACAUUUCUCUAUUCAGAUGAAAUAUUUAUUACUCUUUAAAAAAAAAUCCCUACAUUUUCCCUUUUUUACAGUCAAAAAUCUUGAGUGAUUCCUUUCCCUGUCCAAAAUUUAUUAUUCCCAUCCACUGUAUUUAGUUGACUUAGUCCAUUAACCUAACUAAAUAUCAAGUUUUCAUUUUUCUCAUCCACAUUGUCUUAUCUCUGUUGCUAUUUGUACGAACUCAAGCACCAAAAGAAAACCAUUGUAAUAUUAUAAGAUAUUAUAAGAUUUUAACAUUAAGUGUCAUUGUGGAGCAAAAAAUCUGUCACUUGAAUUUUUUUUUUUUUUAAGUUUCUUCAAUUACAAAAUUAUUGAUGGUCCUUUUGCAGCUCUCAUCAGUAAAAGUAGUUGUGUCAUAAAAUCUUAGCUGUUUCUGUCACCAUUAAGAGAAUAUGGGAGAAUGAGAUUUUUUUUUUAAAUUUUUUAUUCAGAAGUAACUUUAGUACUUCCUCUCAUAUCCUACUAAAUCAGAGAAUAAAGAAUUUGGUCCUGAGGUGUUUUUUUGUUUUUGAUUUAUUUUAUUUUAUUUUUUUUUUUUGGCUUAAGUUACAAAAUUGUGAAAAUUACUUAGCUGCAUAAGAAUUUGAUAAUGUUUAAAAUUAUUUUUAAGUUAGAGAUGUAUGGAUAUUCUAUGUGGCUCAAAUCCUUUUCUAAAAGCACUGAGUUGAACCAUUUUCUCAA